UCGGGGACACGGAGGUAAGGACAGAGGAUUAGCAGUUUGCUUUUUAGCAUGCUGUAGUAAUUCAGUUGGUUUUUAGAGAACAUGCGGAUAGUUUUGUUAUAGAGUUUUGCUUCAGAAAUUGAAAGAGAAACGAUGGAUGGUGUUACUAUUUGUCUGUUGAUGUUAUGUUGUAGUCUACAGGUGGCUGUUGGUUAUAUUCCCAGGGAUUCCCUUAUACAGAGGAAAACAUGGUUCUUUAAAAGGCUCGGGACUCAAUAUAUGAAAACGUUAAGGGAUUAUGAAGAAUAUGCAACGGCUUACAUGGAUAGACACGCUAGGGACUACUACGCAAGCGGGGCUGAAGAAGAGAUUACUCUCAGAGACAAUGAAAAGGCUUUUCAAAAAUACCACAUCCGCCCACGACUGCUUCGAAAUGUUGCGUAUCGAAACAUGAGUUUGACCAUGUUAGGGCAACCAGUGGGAAUGCCUUUGGGUAUAUCGCCCGUCGCCUUUCAGAAAAUGGCCCAUCCAGAUGGAGAAGUAGGCACAGCCAGAGCUCUAGCUAAUCAUGGUGGUGUGAUGAUUUUGAGCAUGCUAUCAACAACAGCCUUGGAGGAUCUGCCUAGAAAGACCCCUCCAGGCAGUGUGCAUUGGCUGCAGAUCUACAUAACCAAGGACAGGGAGGCGACGAGGGAAUUGAUACACAGGGCAGAUAUUUCAGGAUACAAGGCUAUAGUUGUCACUGCUGACUCACCUGUCAACGGAAUGUGGGGUAUCAAUAUGGUGCACAACCUAACUCUUCCCUCACAUCUAAGGCUUCCUAACUUGCAAGCUAAGGGUGAAGUAGAAGUCUCUGGCUCCAACUUAAGGAGUAAAGUCGGAUUCUCGCUUCUUGAUCCCAGCUUGACGUGGAAAGACAUCCAGUGGAUUCAGACCUUCACGGCUUUGCCCAUAGUUGUCAAAGGAGUACUAACAGCUGAAGAUGCCAUCUUAGCUGUGGAACAUGGGGCCUCUGGGAUUUUAGUAUCCAAUCAUGGCGGCAGACAACUUGAUGGUGUACCAGCUACAUUGGAUGUUCUUCCUGAGAUUGUUCGAGCUGUAAAAGGAAGAGCUGAGGUAUACUUGGAUGGAGGAGUGCGAAAAGGUGGAGACGUUUUUAAAGCCUUGGCUCUGGGUGCAAAAGCUGUAUUCUUUGGUAGACCAGCUAUCUGGGGCCUAGUUCACAGCGGUCAAGAUGGAGUGGACAACGUUCUCAAAAUUGUUAAGAAUCAACUGGAUACAACAAUGGCUUUGACUGGAGUGUCACACUUGAACGAUAUACAAAGAUCUCAUGUAAUGAAGGACGAUGCUUAUUUCCCACCUGAAACAGAAACAAGAAAUGAAUAAAGGACUG